AUGGGCAAAACACCGAAGAAGCGCGAGGAAUCUGCCUCACCCCAAAAGACCCCAACGAAGUCGAUGAAGAAAGCAUGGGCUUCACCAUCGAAAUAUUCAAUGAAAAGUCUCUUCGACAACUAUACCCCAUUGAACGAAUCAUGGGCAGAAAUCACAGCAAGUGAUGCAUCGUUGCUUGAAGAAUCCCCAAAAGAUUUGAUUGGUCGACGAAGAAAAGGCGCUCAACCCCGAAAAGCGCAAACUCGGCCGAAAUUCGUAAAAUCGAUCGAGUUGACUGAAGCGAUUUUGAGUCCAUCAAAUCGGAAAAGCGAACGAAUUCAACAAUUGCAAAAUGAGCAAUCGGGAUCGAGAAAGAGACACAUUUCGACGACAUCAACGAUCGCCGAUGAAGUGGGAGGAUCGCCGACAAAGAAACCGAAUUGUGAGACGAGCACCCCGGGAAAACCCAAGAAGAAGCUGCAAAAUUUGGCAGAACCCGCAUCACCGAGAAGCCCGCAAAUCAAAAUGAAGGACAAUUGGGAAGAACCGAAAUUGGGAUGGUGUACGGAUAUGAAAAUAUUGGAUAGAAGAUCGAGGGAAAUCGAGCGAGCAAAGGAGAAACCCGUCUAUCAGAAAUAUGCGAAUGAGGUGGCGAAGGGGCAACGACAAAAGGGAAUCCAUCCAAGAACGCCGAAUAAGCUCUUGAACUACUCCAGGAGAUCGUGGGAUGUACAGAUUCGUCGCUGGAAGCGUUCUCUCUACGAAUGGGCCGGCGAAGAGCCGAGUGACUCGGCGAAUACAUCAUUCUGUUGUUCGGAAACCGAUUCGGUGAAUGGUGAAGGAGAGGGAGAGAAUCGAGAAAAUAGAGAUGCACCCAUUCUCGCACAUCUUGAUAUGGAGGAUAUUGUUGUUGGUCGAGUUGACGGUCGACCCGAGGCUGAUCAAAUGGCGUCACUUUUGGGGAAAUUCGAUAUGGAUACACGAAAGGGUGAUGAAAGUACAUUGAAGCCGUUAAUGUCACAAAAUGAUGGUCCCACUGGUCCCACCGAUUUCUCAGCCGUUCAUCAU